AUGAAUCGUUUUGGUGAUAUCGAUGUUUCAUUUAAGAGACUUCCAGUUGUUUAUGGCUAUCGCAGUCAAAAACUAGUUCCCAUUGAAAAAGCACUAGAACCUAUCGAACCUCAAAUAGAUAAUCUGCCUUAUUGGAUAAAGAUAGCCAAACGCAGCUGUCAUUUUCCAUCAGAACAUGGACUUUCACAUGAUCAAUCAGCUGCUAUUUAUAUCUACACGAUGGAAUGGGGUGAAGCUACUUUGUAUCGUACAUUAAAUAAAGCAUUACGAUCUGAAAAUCGACAAGGAUUAAAGAUAUGGUUUUUAUAUUUAAAACUAUUUGAUACAGCAUUGGAUAAGUUACCUACUGUCAAAGAGGUGGUGUGGAGAGGCAUACCACUUGAUAUUGGCAAGAAUUUCACCGAAAAUCAGAUUGUGACGUGGUGGAGCAUUAACUCAUGUUCUUCAUCAGUCAACGUUAUUAAAAAUUUCCUUGGUAACGACAAAAACUCAACUCUUUUUCUUAUUGAAGCUGUUAAUGGAAAAAAAAUUUCUGGAUAUACAGAAUAUGAAAAUGAAAAUGAAAUUAUUUUACAAAUGGGCUCACAGUUUCGCGUGAAGAGCGAUCCUUUAGAUCAAUCAAAUGGCUCACAUCUUGUACAUUUAAUUGAGAUUGAUGACAACGAUGAUCACCCAUUAGCAUCAGCUAUGAAUGAAAUGCGACCGGUUGUAAAGUCAUCAAAUACAAGUACUUUGGGUAAGAUUAAAAGUCCGAGUUGUCCUGUAUCAUAUUCGAAAAAUAUUUCGGAUAUAUCUAAAAUAACGGAAAAUGAUAGUUCAGAUGAUGAUAUACUUUAUUCAAUGAAUUCAGAUAUAAGUGAUAUUGGUAGUGAUGAUGUUGGAGAAGAUAGUGUAAAUUGUGAGUCAGAUGUAUUCUGUGAAUCAGCUGAUGAUGAAGGUGUUACAAAAAAGAUGAGACAAUAUGAAUCAUGGUUACGAAAAAAGUUAAAAUCUAAUUUACCAUUUUAUGAUGGUGAAUUAAAAUGA